AUGUUUUUGGCCACAAAACUGGCCAAGCCAUCUGUUUUUUGUGAGAAUGCGGCUGAAUGUGGCACUACUCUGGCUGAUGGCUCUCUUGAUCGCGGUAACGAACGCCAGUUUCUACAGAAGUCGUAAGUUUUACAGUAAACUUUUACCCCGAUGUUUACUCUUUAUGAAUGUAAUUUUUAAUUCAACAUUUUUUAUGAGGAUUUUAUUGAAUUUGAGGUCAAAACGGAGCAACUUUUGUGUCAUGAAAAAUACGUUGCCAUUACAGUAUGAAAACCGUAUUUUCCAUGCAUUAUCUUCGAUUUUCUUCUAUUUUUCAAAAUAAAUACAUUUUUGACCAAUUUCGAAUUGGUUGAUUUAUAGUCAAACAGUUAAUUAUCUAGACCUUGGGCUAAUUUUGCUGACUUUGGACCAUCAUCGGAUACAAAAAGUUACAGUAACCUUUUUCACCGGUUACUGUAACUUCACAUUGAUGGCAAAAAGUCAAAAGCUCUUUUCGUUGAACUCAGUCUACCGUCUAAGUCUCGAAAACUUGUUUUUAAAUGCAAAUGCGAAAUCUUUCUUGAAUACUUACACCAUGAAGGCAUUAUGAAUUUUUGUCCACCGUAUCUACGCUAACGUUCUUUGCAUAAGUUGCCUGCUUAUGCAAUUUUAUUGUUAGUCUUCAGGGACUCUAAAUCUAUUUUUGGAAUGUACAUUAUGCGCCAAUUUUGGGUAUAAUUCAGGUAUUUCUUAUCCAUAUCGUCUAGUGCGUUAGCCUGUCGGGAAAAUAACAAGCACACUCCCCAAUCGCAAGUGAAAGUAGUCCGAUUUUUCCGCAAAACAAUUCAUUUUCUCAUAUGCGAUACUUUUUUUUCGAUGCGACAGAUAUUUUCCCGACAGACUCAUAAUAUGCUAUAAUUUUCCUAAAAAUAUAUGAUCGACAAGGCUAUGCUGCAGCUGAAUAUUCAUAAAUUGAAUUCUCAACGCUAAACCUGCGCGUUUGUUUGGACUUGCCACGGUAUUUAUCCGAGAUUUUUUAGAGAAAAUCACCAUUCUUUGAAUAAAACAUUCCUUGAUUCCUUGAAGUCGUAUCUUUUUAAGUGUCAUUUUUCUAAGAUUCUUGUCUUCCAACAUAUCUAUUGUUACUUCAAACUACUUGCCCGUCAAAUUCCAUAUUCAGACACGAGAUUUCCGUGCACUCUUAUUUGCCCUCCAAAUGUCUCCUAGUACCAUGUAUAAUGUAACAAAAGACGCCCUUCCCAUCCAUCAUGUCGGUUCAGACAAAUGUGAUUACACUUACGUGUGAAAACCGGAAGUUUCACUCGUUUUCAACACGACAACAACUUUUUUUAGGCAGGGCAUAGUAAUAGAAGAAGGAGAGUUCCAAAUGAGUUCAAAGUAAUGAGGAAACUCUCCCUCAGGCGAGAAAUUACGAAUCCAAAAAAAGUAAAAUGUAAUUUUCAUCUAAAUGGGGUAAAAUGGAGAUUGCUCAAGGGUUUAUUCAGUAAAAUGAAUGUCAAGCAGUGCUUGGAGAGGGUUUUGGGGAUUAAUUUAUGUUAUAGAAAUUGAUGACAAAAAAUUGCUGAUUUUUGAUAUUUUUUGAAAGUAAUAUGCAAGUUGACGUAGUCAAUAGAGAAUUGGAGCGUUAUCUUUUAUUUUCUGUCGUUUUUUUAUUUUCUGAUUACUGUAAUUUUCAAAAUUUUCAUUUUUUUCAUUCAAAAAUGUUGGAUUAUGCCUCAGGCAAUGUUUCAAGAACAUUGAUGUCUCAAAUAUGGUGCGCUUUAUAAUAUGCAGACCUCUGAAAGCUCUUUUAUUACAGUUAUCCCCAUCGCGUCGCGACAAGUUUGACCUACUUCCCCAUGGAAAUUGAAUUUUUGAAAUGUUUUUUUGCGCUUCGAUUUUUUCGCUGCUCCUAUUUAAUGUCGGGCAUUUCUGCAAAGCGCAAGCUAGAAAUUUCAAGUAUGUCCUUGAAAAAUCUGCUCUAAAUACAUGCCUAACUUUAUUAAAGUCUGAGCACCGCACUUUGAGCACCUCCCUUAUUAGAGCGGCCCUCUUUUUUGUCACGAUCGAUUCUCGGCUGCGUCAGCAAAGUGAGAGCUCGGAACUGCUUCAACGAAUAUGUUUUCUACACAGAUCAUGUACCGAAGAUUUGAGGAAAAUCCCAGUGUCUAAUCUCAAGCCUUGCUCUUGGAAAUUUCCUUGCUCCAUCUAUGGAUAUAACAAUUAAAUUUCUCCUAAAACACCACCCUAAACAUAUUUUUGACAGUACCAUUUGCCCUCUCCUUCUUACUAUGUCAUCUCAAUGCAAUAUGGAGUUCUAUUUUGGAUUUUACAGCGCAGUAACGUAUCUUGUCUAAUACUGUUUUACCUCUUUUUUAAUCCGUGGCAUCUUGUGUCCAGAUUAGUUGAAAUAGACCUCGUAGACCUGUGACAAUGCUAUUCAAGAAGUCGAGAUCUCAAUCCCCGUUAUCUUUUGUGAUGCUAAAUUUUCACGUAACUUUGCAAAAUUUAAGGUAGAUUUAUAUCAUGACAUCAUUUUACAAAUGAUUAAUCGUUGAUCAGAACGUUUAAUGUCUCAGUUGUAAUAGAAGCAGCAAAGUAAUUUUUUCGCGUUUUUAAACUGUCUUGUGUUUGCAUGUAGUCGUCACGAAUUGAGAUAUAUAUUAUAGUAAACAAGCAGUUUCGAAGAUCUUUAAAAAAUUUUCCGGACGUUCUGCACGCUUCGACUUGCACGCUAAAAUGUAAAAAACAGAAGUUUUGUUGUAAAGUAAGAAGUUGUGAGCAUAUUUAGUUACUGUAACAGUAGUUGAAUAUGCAACAAUCAAGGUAUAUAAGAAAUUUUAAAUAAAAAUAUCGCGGAUAUGAGACCAACCUUAGAAACAAGACCAUAUUUUAACAUCAAAUUCUGUACCUUUUUCUCUGACCGUCUCUGCUUAUUUUUCAUAUAGUCUUGUCUGCAAAGAUCGUUGAUUAUCUUAGUUGCCAACCUAUGUUGCCGGCUAUAAUUUUGAGGGAUUUAUACGUGAGCUAUACAGAAAACGUGUAAAAAGUUUGAUGAGAAUUGGGGAUUUAUGACUUGAGAAUUUUCGUUGUUGUUUUAGAUACCUGAAUAAGAUUCCAAAGGUUUAUAAAUCCAUUUUUUUCCACAUCUUUUGAAUUUUCUGUACAAUGCUGUAAAAUUUUUCACAAAAUUUUGGAUUUAAGAUACGACUCUACCUACUUUAUCUACCUCCAAAUCAUGUUUUCUCUUAUAAUUUCUCUCAGUUUUCCAAAACCUCAUCAAAAUUUAAUCGCAUUUAAUUAUUAUAUACCGUACUUUUCCAGACUACGCACUUAACUUUCGAAUAUAUUUAUGUGCUAUUGACCUUUUCUUAUCACGUUGAAUCCAGACCGCUAAGUGCUAAAUUUGUCUUGCGUAACCGGAAGUGCAUACUCUUUGAGUGACAUGUUUGUUUUGGCUGUUCUUUGAGCCAUUCCAAAUUAUCUUACAGUCUACAUUCGGGGCUGCUUUUUAUGGCCGUCGCGCGUUUUCAGAGUGGGUGGCCAGAACAAACGGAAUACGAAUUUUGAAAAAAAAUGUAAAUUACAAUGUGACAGCUGACAAGGAUUCAGUAGACGUGAAAAAUAUUCAACUUUGAAGCCAAAUGUUUCAAAACAUUUUUGGAAAAACUUUGUAAAAUUUUUUUGCAAUAGUCAAAUCUUGAAAUUUGGAACAAUAGACAGAAUGCCAAGGAUUUCAGGGUGUCGUGGUUUGAUCCAAAAAAAUUUUUUAAUCUUCAAACUAUUCAAUUUGGCGUAUUUUACCACGCUUAUUUUGCAAUGAAAAUUUUAUUUGCAGCAUGAAAAAAUGUCUUUUCAAGUUAUCGUGGUGGGACACAAAUCAAAUUUUUUGUGUUUUCAAAAUUUUGUUAAAAAAUAUUCUUUGCUCAUCUUACUGUGCGCAAUGCAAUUUCACAGCCUUGGAAAACACUAUUACCAUAAAAAUUCGUCUGUUCAUGUUUUCGUGUCAAGACCCAAGUUCCUCAUUCCCAUAUUUUUUACGAACGUACUACUUGUCUUUUCCAGUAUUUCAUAUCGUAAUGUAACUGACCAGGAUAUUCUUAAUAACAUUCGCAUUAGCCAUCUUCCCUUUCUAAAUGACCCAUGUCCACUUUUCGUAUGUUUUGGCCACGCUUCGUCUCUUUUUAUGCCCUUUUCAGCCUACGGAAAAUUUUUUGCGGUUCAAUGAAUCGAGCAAAAAAAACGAUGAUUAAUGACAAAACAGAUAAAAGUGAGGUCAUGAAAGUCAUCUGCAGGCAAUUUUUCAACCAUUAAAUUGGCAAACAAAGAAAUUUCCCUCAGGGCAUUGGCUCAUGUUUCGUGAAAAUGGUAUUCAUUGCGCAAUUAUUGGAGAAACAUCUCAAAUUUUGAAAAAGGAGUCCAACUUUUUUGGUUAUAGGAUUAUAUCUGUCUGGGCGACAUUUUAUACGAAAAACUAGAAUUUUUUUAUUUGAAACAAAAGAAAAGUAUGUAAAAUGGAUUUUUAGCACAGUAUACAGUAAAAAAUUCAAGGAAACGAAGCGUAUCCUCCAACAAGUUACUUAGCAUCUUCUUUUCACAAAUUUGAGUGGGAUUAGUUGAGUGAAAAAGUGACGUCAUUCGAUAGAGAGGCCACUUUGAGUGGGUUCUAAGUGUAAAUUAGUGAACCCAAAUGAAUUUCUAAAUAGAUUGGAGCCGAAAAGACCAAAAUAAACGAUUCAAAAAAAGCUUUUUAAACUUUCCGCGAUUUUUUGAAAAUUUUGGCAUUCUGUUUCAAUGGGUUUAGAAGAGAAGAAAAUGUGAAAAAAUUACAGUAGACCACGCCAGCGUUCUUCCGACGUCGAUUUUUUUUAAUUAGCGGCAAUUUUGGAGAAAAAAUUAUAUUAUCCUUAACAAAUUUUGGCAUCAAAAUUUUUUGUUGUUUUUGUAAAAACUCACAUUGGAACUUCUUUCUUACUGUAUCAGAAGGUUUAUGUCAUAGAUUACCACAUUUUGCAACCUUUCUACACCCAUUAAUUAUCCCGUUAUAGCCAUAAAAGCCCCGCUUUUUCCUCGUAUUUCCGCUCAAAAUUGACAAUUUCCUUGAAAAGUAAUAAAAACCGUUUUAAUUAGCAGUCCUUGCAGCAUCCCAGGCCUUUUUAGCAAAUAAUAACAAGGAAGUUCCCAUAAAAUAAUAACGUCUUGACGUCUAACCACUCAAAUUACCCACGAAUUAAUUGUUUGCUUUUGAAAAAUAACCUGUAAUUAUAAUUAUCCAAUUUUGUCGGUAAUUGUAAGCCUACAGAAUAUUUAUAUAAAUAUAUUGAAUCACAGUAAAACGGUAGAUAAUUACAUCAUUCGCUGUCAUUUUCAGCUCUAAAUUGCAUAAUUUUGGGGGAAAUUUUUUGGACGUCUCCCAAAGAACAUCAUUUUCCCAGACUUUUCGUCUGGAAAAUAUGGUAGUUUUGGUCUGAACAAAAGUAAAAUAUCCUAUGCAACAUCUUUGUGACAAAAUUUGUAAUCUACAGCUCACUCUUUGCUUUUGGAAGGGUAUUUUACCAUCAAAAAAGAUCAAAUUUCGCUACCCAAUUUCAGAAGCCUAAAACCCCGGAGGGCAUGAAAAUCAAUUUACCAAAUACACUGAAUCAGAAAGCCUGUAUCCUGUACCUUUAAAAAAUCUCUCAACCUCGUAAUUUCUGACCGCAGUAUACUGUAAUUUCACCUACUUUCCAACCCUACCUUUUCAAAGAUUUAUCACUAUUUUUAGAAUUAUAAAUCUCGCCCUUUAUCCCUCCGUUUCAUCAAAAAAUCACAUUGAGAGUAUAACAUAUACCCUAGAAUCUUUUUUAAAUCUCUCGCGCCCAUUUUAUUUUAUUAGAUUACUGUAAUUUGAUCAAAUUUUUAAGCAUGCCCCUUCUAAUCUUGUCUUUUGUAAAGUUCAAAAUUUACCCGUCGUAUUCUACCCAGAUAUCAAAUUUAAAUUGUAAAACAGUCAGUAAUCUACCUGUUCUCUUUCUUCACUCCUAAUUUUCACACCAGGUUACUGUAACUUCAUUAAUUUUCCACUUUUUCAAUUUUCACUUUCAUUAAAAAUCACAAAUUUUUACUUUGCGAUCAUAUUUUUUCAAAGAUCUAAUAGGCGCUAUAAAACAAUCCCUAAUCUACUUUGUAAAAACAACAUGAACUAUUCUUUAUAUCAUCAAAUUACAGUAAUCCGAUCAAAUUUAACAAGGUCGUUUAUCUCAAAAUCUGAUCAUCUCCAAAUAGAAAAAUUCCUUUUUUAUGCCCUCUAUUUCGUCAAAAAGUUGUGUCGGCUAUAAAGUACAGUCUCUUCACAGUAAUCCAAUUUCCCUUUUACGUCAUCACUCCAAUUGUUUUUAACGUUGGCAAGGCUUUGAAGUUAGCCCUCCGAAAAGACCAAUCUCCGGCUCCCUAAUGACCCCAAAUUCCCCGUUUUAUUCGAAAACAAGACCCAAAAUGACUUCAUCAUGCCCCCAAGUCAUUCGCAGCCCUCUCUUUAUUAGGCUAAUCGAGCAAUUUCAGCGGGCCGUUAUCGGCGGAACGCGCUCAUGUUCACCAAACUGCAUCGCGCAGUGUGGCCGGCGGCGAACCAGUGGCCGAAGAGAUUUGUGGCCAUGGACGAGGACCCGGUGUUUGA